CAAAACAAACCCCAGUCAGUUUUCAGAGAGCAGUCUGAAUGAAUGGUGUGAAUGGCUUAUGCUUAGAUAUUUAUUACGGAAACCUGUGUUCAUGUUUAUAUAAACCUCUAUAUCUCACUUAGGAGGUUGUAAUAUAUAUAUUUUUUAAAAGGUCAGUAUUUUAAAUUUCAUCUAAGGCGACAUGCAGCACGGCUCGACCUCGACCUCGCGAUGCCAGCGUUUGUCCUCGUCAAAUCACACCGAUCCCGGGAGGCUACGAAGUGUUGCCACAAAGAUGAAUGAGGUUAGUCAGCAUAUGGACAUGAGUUACAAGCAAGCCUGCAUCGACCUGGAGAAGGCCACCCAAUGCAUCACAUUAGCAUUACAGCAUGAAGUGGGUCGGAACCAGGAGCUCUGCAUGUUGAUUCGUCGUCUGGAAGAGAAGGAGGCGGAGACUGGGCGGAGCCUAACAGAGCAGGUGGAGUCAAACAAGCAGCUGCAGCUGAAGAUCGAUGAACUGCAGAAACACCUGGAGGAGAAACACAACUCACUGACACAGGCCAACCAGACUGUGGCUUCCUUUAAGAAUGAGCUAAGGGACCUGCAUCAACAUCAAGCCCAACAAAGUGAUAGCCUUCCAGGAAGUGCGUGGCAUGUUACCAACAGGACGGUUCAGGAAGUGAAUAAGUGGCCACAGGGUGGAGAGAGCCAGAUCAAGCAGCAAAUCAGGAGUCCCAGCUCUCCUGUCCAAUCAAAUCAGCUGACAGCAGCUGAGGAGCCAAUGGUCUGGUCAGAACAGCUGGAGUCGUCUGACGAUCAGAUUCCGCCAGUCCCGUCUGAUGAUCAGAUUCUGCUGAUCUCGUCUGAUGGUCAGACCCAUUUGCAAGCAACAGUCUCUGGGAUUAAAGAAGAGAAUGCUGUUCAUGGAUAUGAGGAGUGCAGCCAGUAUGAGAGAGCUGACUGCAGAGUGGAGCAUACAGUCCCUUCAACUGCAGACAUUCAAUUUAAACAGAUCCAGACUUCGCUGGUCGCAUCUGAUGGUCAGAGGCAGCUGGAGGCGCCAGUCUCUGAAGAUGAAGAUGAAUAUGGGGAUGAUUAUGACUAUGGAGAUAGUCAUUCAGGUAGGCAGUGCUGA